AUGGAGGGCAGUGGCAAUGGGUUGCCUGUAGAGAUGGCCUCCCCUGGGCCGUGUAUGGCUGGCAUGGAGGGGAACACCAGUGGGCAGGUGUUUGAGGUGGCGCUGCAGAACGGCUCCUCGUCCAAACGUAGCCCUCAGUUUGUGGGGGUGGAGCUGCUGCAGUCCUUCAAGCUGCUCAUCAUCCCCUGCUAUGUCCUGGUGAUGCUGAUCGGGGUGUUCGGCAACUACCUGCUGCUCUAUGUCAUCUGCCACACCCGCAAGAUGCACAACAUCACUAACUUCUUCAUUGGAAACCUGGCCUUCUCCGACAUGCUGAUGUGUGCCACCUGCGUCCCUUUCACCUUGGCCUAUGCCUUCAACCCCCGCGGCUGGGUGUUUGGGAGGUUCAUGUGCUACCUGGUUUACCUCAUCCAGCCAGUGACCGUCUAUGUGUCUGUCUUUACUCUCACUGCUAUUGGUAUUGACAGGUAAGCCUUGGUCAAGGUUGCAUUAACUAAACUUUUUUUGACUUUGAGUAGAAUGAGCACAUUAUCACAUUUCUAUGUAAGCUUCUCUAUCACAUUACGUAAUUACAUUUCCGCCACAGGUUUGAUCAUUUAUCCUUUAAUGUGAUUUCCUCUAUGGUGUUUCAGUAUUUGUGGCUGGACCAGAACGAUGAUUAGGUAUAGAUUCAAGUCUGUCACAUAAAGCACUCUUAACAGCUCUAUUCAGCACCAUAAUUACUUUUUUAAAAGCUCAACUCAGAGAGAUGAUUCAUACUUUAAGUCAAUAACAGGAAAUCAAAUCAUCUGCAGGGUCAUUCACAUCAAAUGAUGGAGAGGCAAGAGAAGAAGCAUGAUGUGAUGUCUUUACACAAGCAUGACACAGUGCAAUUAUUUUCAGAUCAGAAAGCUAAACUAUACCCACACUUUACAUGGUAUAUUGAUCCUAUCGCCAGGUACUAUGCCACAGUUCACCCUCUGAAGAAGCGGAUCUCAGUGCUGGCGUGUACCUACCUCCUAUCUGGAAUCUGGCUGCUCUCCUGUGGUCUUGUGGCCCCGGCCGUGGCCCACACCUACCAUGUUGAGUUCAAGAACGACGGCUUUACCAUCUGUGAGGAGUUCUGGAUGGGCAAGGAGAGAGAGAGGUUGGCCUACGCAUACAGCACACUUUUCAUGACCUACGUCCUGCCUCUGUCUGCCCUCUGCAUCUCUUACCUCUGCAUCUCUGUCAAGCUCCGUAACUGUGUGGUGCCUGGCCAUCGCACCCAGAGCCAGGCCGAGGCCCAGCGAACCCGCAAGCGCAAGACCUUCCGUCUGAUCACCCUGGUGGUGGCGGCCUUCGCCGUGUGCUGGAUGCCCAUCAGUGUGUUCAACGUGUUGCGGGACAUUGACAUUGACCUGAUCGACAAGCGCUACUUCCUGCUCAUCCAGCUGCUGUGCCACAUGUGUGCCAUGAGCUCGUCCUGCUGUAACCCGUUCCUGUACGCCUGGCUGCAUAACCGCUUUCGCGCCGAGCUGCGCAAGAUGUUCACCUGCCACCGCCGCAUCGGCAUCCCUGCAAACAACUGUGCCACAAACAGUGUGAACCCCUUCAUCCCACCCUUCCACCCACCCGCACAGGAUGUGUUCAGAGAAUGGUCUUAA